GCAGCUUCCGGCCGGGCCGGCGGGGACGAACGGACCGUGGGACGCACCUGCGAGAGCGGCGCCCGUUUGGGCAGGGCGGCUGUCAUGGCGGCCUGAGGCGCGGUGCGGCCAAGCGGAGAAGCAGCCCGGGGGACAACGGCACCUUGCCCGGGAACAUGUGCAGCCGCCGAGUCCCUUGAACACAAGCAGGUUGGGUGUUAAACCAGCUGUGUGCUUCGUCCCUUUCUGCAUUUCUGAGCACGCUGGAGCCUGGAAUAACGCCGCUUGUUUCCCUUCGCUGUGUCUGGGAUACUUGGGACAGAGGGCUCUGAAUCUGCACCAUCCAGUGGAGACCUUCCUCGCUUUCUUCCUAAGCCCCUGACUGGAUAUUGUUAAGAAUUAAGAAUGGCAGGGGAGCAGAAGCCAGCCUGUAAUCUCCUGGAGCAGUUCAUUUUAUUAGCCAGAGGCACUAGUGGUUCAGCGUUGAUUGCCCUCAUCAACCAAGUGCUGGAGGCUCCUGGGAUUUACGUAUUUGGAGAACUACUGGAAUUAACUAAUGUGCGAGAGAUUGCUCAAGGACCGAAUGCUGCUUAUUUUCAGCUGCUGAAUCUAUUUGCCUAUGGAACCUACCCCGAUUAUGUUGCGAACCAGAGCAACCUGCCAGCUUUGACGGGGCCCCAGAAGAACAAGUUGAAGCAUUUGACCAUUGUCAGCUUAGCUUCCAGAAUGAAGUGCAUCCCUUAUUCCGUGCUGCUGAAAGACCUGGACAUGCGGAACCUCCGGGAGCUGGAAGACCUGAUCAUCGAAGCCGUUUACACUGACAUCAUCCAAGGCAAACUGGAUCAACGGAACCAAGUGCUGGAAGUGGAUUUCUGCAUCGGGCGGGACAUUCAAAGGAAAGACAUCAGCAACAUCAUUAAAACCCUCAAUGAGUGGUGCGACGGGUGUGAAGCCGUCCUGUUAGGAAUCGAGCAACAGGUACUUAGAGCCAACCAGUACAAGGAGAACCACAACCGGACUCAGCAACAGGUGGAGACAGAGGUCCUGAACAUCAAGAAGACCUUGAAGGCCACCGCCUCGUCCUCCUCUUCCGCCCAGGAGAUGGACCAGCAGCUGGUCGAGCGGGAAUGUCCUCACCCAGAGCAGAGGCAACCUACCAAGAAGAUCUCCAAGGUCAAAGGGUUGGCCUCCAGUCGCCACUAGUGGCCGGAGCUGCUGCAGGGGAGGGGAGGCUGCUCGGGGAUCCCUCAGUGACUCUGGAGGGAGGGCUCUGGGCCUCUAUCUGCCCCCCUUUUCCCCACCAGCCUCUGAACCAGUGGACGCUGCCAACGUUCUCCCGCAGAAGCUGUGCAUAAGGACUUUGGGGGGGGGGUUCCCCUUUAUUGGGAGGGGUGGGGUCAGGCGCUGAAGAAGGAGGUUCCCACCAGGGGGUUGUGUUCCUUGGCAGCAGCGGUACACUUCCCCGGGUGGCAAAGGCGGGGUGAGGAGAGGGGGGGGAGGAUUGGAUUUUUCCCGAGGGAACGUGACACCCCUACUUUUGCUGCUCCUCCUUCGUCUCUUGGGCCUUGAUCUUUGAAGUCAACUCUACCUCAGCGGUCCCCAAACUUUCUGGCUUUGCCGACCGGCCGGGGGGGGGGGGAGGUGUGUGGGGGGGGAAGAAGGGACGGUUUCGCGUGAGCGGCGAACGAGCGGACACGCAGCUCCCUUUGAGCGAAACGGUACGCCCGCCAACCCGCCGCUCCGCCCGAAUGGAGCUGCAUGUAUGUGCGCUGCUCGCCCAAAUGGAGUUUGCUUGUUUGCCACUUCCGCGGCCCGGUACUGGUCCACAGCCCUCGGGGGAUUGGGAACCCCUGCUCUACCUCAUGCCGGCGGGCGCCGGGCAUGUUUACUCACCAUCUUAACCUGGCUCCGCUUUGAAGCCCAGGCGCUCCUACCUGUGACAGCUUGGGUCCCUUCCUUGACGCCGAGGUGGGGAGGAGGGGCGAAACAGCUGCUAUUUCAACCACCUUUCCGGCCCCACUUCUGUACCUUGGACCCCCAAAGGCAGGGGUCCCCGAGGAAUAAUGAGUAUCCCUUUCCCCCCCUGUCUCUCCACCCGUGUCCUGUGCUACCCAUCUGCUCCCUGCUGCAGCUCCUUGAAGAUGGCCCGGGGGGGGGGCACCUGGGAUGGGUGGGGGAUCCAACCAAGAGGUCCUCUUCCCCACCCCCUUCCCCCAUCCUUUGCUGAUCCUGAAUCCUUAAUUUGGGCAAACAAACCUUUCAUUUGGAGGUUCGGAACUUGAAUUCCUUUCCGGUUGUCUCUUUUGUACAUUUCUUAAAGACGGUUUGGACAUUUCAACUUUUUUUAAAUUUUUUUUUUUUUAAUUUGAUAUCUGUUACAGACUCACGCAAGGUGACUUGAUUAGGAUUGUUUUCUAUUAAAAAAAAACAAAA